GUGAGAAGUAUCGCGAGACUUGAAGCCGUCGGAGCGAGAGAGCGCAGAUGGAGUGAGGACGAAGGGAAGCGGAGAUCAAUAAAGUAGUGACGGUUAACGAUCUGAACAGGUAACGGAGGUGUUUUUAAGAGGAGCAGCCAUGUCUUCCUGUCGUCUUCUCUGCCUGCUGGCUCUCUACUUCCUCCAGAGCUCCGUGUCGGCUGAACAGCGGAGGCUCACUGCAGAUAAGCUGCUGGUGAUCACCGCGGCAACAGAGGAGACGGAUGGCUUCAACCGCUUCAUGAGGACGGCCCGAGAGUUCAACUACACUGUGAAGGUCCUGGGUCUGGGCGAGGAGUGGAAGGGGGGUGACGUGGCUCGGACGGUGGGGGGAGGUCAGAAGGUGAGAUGGUUGAAGAGGGAGCUGCUCAAACACUCUGAGAAGAAGGACCUGGUCGUCAUGUUCGUCGACAGCUACGACGUGAUCUUUGCGUCCGGUCCCGAGGAGGUGCUGUCAAAGUUUUCCCGUCUGGGUCACAGAGUGGUUUUCUCCGCCGAGGGAUUCUGCUGGCCCGACCAGAGGCUGGCCCCCAAAUACCCCGAGGUGCAUUCUGGGAAACGCUACCUCAACUCAGGAGGGUUUAUCGGCUUUGCGUCAGACCUCAGUACGAUGGUCCAGCAGUGGAAGUACAAAGACAACGAUGACGACCAGCUGUUCUACACAAAGAUCUACCUGGACAAGAUUCAGAGGACAAAAUUCAACAUCACUCUGGACCAUCGCGCCAGAAUCUUCCAGAACCUGAACGGAGCUAUAGAUGAAGUCGUCUUGAAGUUCGAGAGGGCAAAGGUCAGAGCGAGGAACGUCGCCUACGACACACUUCCUGUCAUCAUCCACGGCAAUGGACCCACAAAGCUGCAGCUGAACUACCUGGGAAACUACGUCCCUACGGCGUGGACCUACGAGAACGGCUGUGGGAUCUGUGACGACGACCUGCUGUUCUUCAACGACGUAGACGACGAGGAGAUGCCUCUCGUGUAUGUCGCUGUGUUUAUCGAACACGCCACGCCCUUCAUGGAGGAGUUCCUGGACCGCCUGACCACGCUCAACUACCCGAUGACCAAGAUCCGCCUUUUCAUUCACAACAACGUGGUGUACCACGAGCGUCACAUCCACAGGUUCUGGGAGCGCCACAAAGCUCUGUUUCCGGACGCCACGCUGGUGGGACCAGAGGAGGACCUGCAGGAGAACAAGGCCAGAGCCAUGGCUGUGGAGGCGUGUAAGAAGGAUCCAGAGUGUGCUUACUACUUCAGCAUCGACUCUGAUGUGGCCCUAACAAAUCCAGACACCCUGAGGAUACUCAUCGAGGAAAACAAGUCAGUCAUUGCUCCGAUGUUGUCCAAACACGGGAAGCUGUGGAGUAACUUCUGGGGCGCUCUGAGUCCUGAAGGAUUCUACUCCAGGUCUGAGGACUACAUUGAGAUCGUCCAGGGCAAGAGGAUUGGUCUGUGGAACGUGCCGUACAUCACUCAGGCGUACCUGAUCAAGGCCAGCGUGCUGCGCUCCAAACUGUCCAAGGUGAGCCUGUACGUGGCCGAGGGGAUGGACCCCGACAUGGUGUUCUGCAGGAGCAUCAGAGACCAGGGAGUCUUCAUGUUCGUGUCAAACCGCGACGAGUUCGGCCGUCUGGUGGCGUCAACCAACUUCAACAUGUCCAGGCUGCACCCGGACAUGUGGCAGAUCUUCGACAACCCCGUGGACUGGAAGGAGAAGUACAUCCACGAGAACUACUCGAGGAUCUUUGAGGAGCAGAAAGUCUUUGUGGAGCAGCCGUGUCCAGAUGUUUACUGGUUUCCAGCCUUCUCAGAGAAGAUGUGUGAUCAUCUGGUGGAGACCAUGGAGGACAAUGGAGAGUGGUCAGGAGGAAAACACAAGGACGAGCGUCUGGCCGGCGGUUAUGAAAACGUCCCCACGGUGGAUAUCCACAUGAACCAGAUCGGCUUUGAGAAGGAGUGGUUGAAGUUCUUAAAAGAGUACAUCGCCCCGGUGACAGAGAAACUCUAUCCAGGAUAUUACCCUAAGGCUCAGGCCAUCAUGAACUUCGUGGUGCGUUAUCGUCCUGACGAGCAGCCGUCUCUGAGGCCGCAUCACGACUCCUCCACCUUCACCAUCAACGUCGCCCUGAACAGCAAGGGCAAGGACUACGAGGGUGGAGGCUGCAGGUUCCUGCGAUACGACUGUCAGGUGGAGUCUCCCAGGAAGGGCUGGUCCUUCAUGCACCCGGGUCGCCUGACGCACUACCACGAGGGUCUGCCCACCACCAGCGGGACCCGCUAUAUCAUGGUGUCCUUUGUAGACCCCUAGAGCUAUGUCUGUGUGUGUGUGUGUGUUUUAAAGAGCCUUCCUGUUCAUGAACCAACCGGACACAUCAACCACUUCAACAGGUGUGUGUGUGUGUGUGUGUGUGUGUGUGUGUGUGUGUGUGUGUGUGUGAACAUAGUGGACCUCCUCCUCACAGUUGGAGACAAACAGAACGGAGGAUUAAACGUGAUGACCUUGAAUGCAUCGUCUCAGAACACUUCCCAACGUGCUUUUUUUUUUUAUUUUGUCUUCUUUCUGAUUGGACGAUUCCAGCUCACCUGCUGUCACACCUGACUCUCACGCUCCUAAGAGAAAGGAGUCCUCGACACUUCCUGUUUGAACAUUUCAGAAUAAGAGUCCUUAGAUUUUAUCUUUGUGCAGUAAUUUAAGACAGAGUCUGUUUUGGAAGAAAAAAUCAUUUUGUCACCGUGCUGCCUUACCUGAAUCUAUGCAAGCAGAACUCACUGCGUGCGUGCGUGCGUGCGUGCGUGCGUGCGUGCGUGCGUGCGUGCGUGCGUGCGUGCGUGCGUGCGUGCGUGCGUGCGUGCGUGCGUGCGUGCGUGUUUCGAAACACUCCAUCAAUCUUUUUUUUUUAAAUGCUGUUGCGGUUUUAAGUUGUUGAAUGCUUCACCAAAAAUAAUCCCCCACAAUGAAAAAGCUCUCUCCCUGGUGAUACUCUGAUGCUGUGGUUACCAUGGAAACUAAACAUACAGCUGGGCAUGAUGGGAGUCUAACGCUGUUUUAGAUCAGAUCAGUCGGAGGACGUCACAGGUAGCUUUCAGUUUGAUAUUUUUGGAUCAGAAUGUUUAAAAAUCAGUGCGAGAACGAGAAACGACAAAGUCCAGAAAUAUGUUUGAACAAGAAAGAAGACAAAGUGAAGAAUAUCGUUUUCCUGUGCUGAGAAGUUUUGUGUAUUAAAGUAUGUAAAUGGAGUUUUUGACAUAUUUUUAAACUGUUACUGGGGAAACACUAAAGGCCUUUUUUAUAUUGUUCAUGUUUUAUUUGUUAUUAAUUAGUGUCUGAGAUUCAUUCAGUUCAUUUUUUCUUCUGUGUUUUUUAAUCGUGUAGUUGUGUAUUUUCAGGGGUGAAGCCGUCGUCUCCUCUCUGUUUUUAUCUCCUUAUUUAAAAAAAAAAAGAAAAGAUGUGACGAUACGAGGUUUCCACCUGACGCUGCCUGUAGUUCUCUCUCCAUGCGUGCCUGUCGAUACGAGGUGUCGACUGUCUCUGGCUUUGUACAAAAUGCAUUAAAUUAUUUGUCAAUGACUGAGCGAAUAAAGUUUUGAGAUUUUAAUAAAUAAAUGUACCAUCACA